UAACGUUCUAACGUUUACUUCUACGCAAUUGAAAUCAUAGUGUUAUUUAAUAAGCUAGAUAAAGUGUGGUGAUGACCGAGUGAUUUCCCGAUACAGUAUGUGUACAGGGAAUUAAAUAAAAAUUCUCGAUAUAGUAUUUGUUUUGUCGCUUCAUCGUUUAUUUGCAUUAUUAUGCGUUCGCUUGCCGCGGUUCGUGGGGUAGAACCCUUGCCGGAACUGGCGAUUCCGUCGGACAUCGAAGCCGGUGACCCGGAUGCCGAUAUGGCCGGAGCACAGGAUACAAUAUACCUGUGCAACUUUCGCGUCUCAGUCGACGGGGAAUGGCUGUGCCUUAAGGAACUGCAUGAUAUGGAAAUGCAAGACUCCUACAUACAUCCGUCAACUGAAAACGCACGCGACCCAGUUGUCAUAGAGCGCAGUAAUCUGGUGAAUAUCUCCAAGUUGAUCGUGAAGGAGUUGAUACAGCAGUCCCUUCGCUAUGGCCGGAUGUUGGACAGUGAUCACUUGCCGCUUCACCACUUCUUCAUUGUUCUCGAACACGUGUUGCGACAUGGCCUCAAGCCUAAAAAGGGACUUCUCGGGCCGAAGAAAGAGCUUUGGGACAUUUUGCAAAUGGUUGAAAAGUAUUCUGUGGAAGCAGCUGAUAUCACCGCGAGUGUGAGGGACUUGCCAACGGUGAAGACCGCUCUGGGUCGGGCCCGUGCUUGGCUAAGGUUGGCCCUGAUGCAGAAACGGCUCGCGGACUACCUGAGGAUCCUACUGGAGCACCGCGAAGACACGCUGGAGGAGUACUUCGAGCCUCACGCGCUGAUGCUGAACGAGGAAGCUGUCAUCAUUUCGGGGCUACUCGUGGGCCUGAACGUUGUCGACUGCAACUUGUGUGUUAAGGAAGAAGAUUUGGACAGUCAACAAGGUGUGAUAGACUUCUCGUUGUAUUUGCGCGGAAGUAACUCGUCCAACGACUUGGCGAACAAUGGAAGUAACGGGAACAAUGAGCCAAAACAACGCCAUAUUAAUACUAUGCUUGACCAGAAGAACUAUAUCGAGGAGCUGAAUCGACACCUAAAUGCGACGGUUGCAAACUUGCAAUCGAAAGUUGAAAGUUUGACGACAACGAACGCCCUUAUGAAGGAGGACCUGGCUAUCGCCAAAAACACUAUGAUACAGCUCGUGGAGGAAAAUAAUCAAUAUAAGCAUGCGUUAGGUCAGGACAUAACUAAAGAUAGCAGGAUCCGAGUGACCGAGCUGCACUCGGAGGAUGAGGAAAAACACAGCGUCAAAAGUACAUCUUCGGACAAGUCCAGAAGUGAGAAAGACUCUGAAUUGUCCAAGAGUUUGGAAGAAGAGAGGAAGAAAAAUGCGGAGCUGCAGAAGGAACUCGAUUUGCAAAUAUCGCUCAAAGCGGAAAUGGAAGUAGCAAUGAAAUUGCUCGAGAAGGACAUUCACGAUAAGCAAGACACGAUUAUUUCGCUUCGGCGACAACUCGACGACAUCAAACUAAUUAAUUUGGAGAUGUACAAGAAACUGCAGGAAUGCGAGGUGGAACUCACGCAGAAAGGUGAAAUGGUGUCCAGGCUUCAAGGAAAAGCGGAACAAAUUGGCAAAAUACUCCACAACCUUGAGAAAUAUAAUCAAUUCUUAGGGCCCGAUCAUGAUCUUGUUAAGGCCCUAAAAUCCCCAACCAACGAUAGUAUCGCGGAAAAAUUUGAACCCAAAAGUCAGUGUAGUACUCAAAAGGGUACAAAGUCCAAAGACGAAGGGCCACCAACAAAGAAAUUGAAUCUUCAGGAAAUACCACCGUUUCGUAGAGCGGCUACGGACAAAAAUUCCAAGUAAUAAUUGGCAUAAUUACAAAAUUUUAAUUUCUGUGAAUAAUUAAAUUGUAAUUAAUGCUUGAAUGACCUUCAUUCAGUAAAACCUUCAUUUAAAAAAGUUGGGUCUACAAUAUUUUAUGUAGAUUCCUACAUUUUGCUUUUAAUUGAAGUCAUGAGAAAAUGAAUAAUGCUUUUUACUUGUAAUCUGCGUGUAUCAUAAGAUUUGUACUGUUCAAAGAUUUUAUCACAGUAUUUAAUAACCUACAAGUUAUUUAUUUAUUUUGAUUAGAACGGUGAAAACACCAAUUACAUUAAUUAAGUUCAUUAUACUAUUGCUAGACGCUAUUAUGCGAGGACUCACAAAGUUGGAGCAGCAAGUGCACCAACACCUCAAGUCUAUUACUAAAUAGAUCACAAUCAGGGCGGGCUUCUACGAGGUGAUUAAACAAUUUCAAGAGACGGUGAUUUCUACUACGAAUAUAAUUGUCAGAUGUUUACAAUCGAAUCAGCUCAUUAUGAAUAUCGGGGGCAUCUAUUAAGCCCCGGCUAACUUUAAGCAAGGUUGUAUAACGUGUGUUUAUUACAAUGAAUACGUUAAUCCAUAAUUUUUUAACAAAAUAAUAAAUAUUGUCUUACUCGAUUUUCAAUAUAACAUAAAUACUAAUUUCCUUAAUUAAUUCGAUAUAAACCGUUUCACGUUCCUUAUUGAACUCUUAAAAUCGUCUCUGUCUAAAAUUGCUAUUGCAUUGGUAAGAAAGGUACUGCGCUAUAUGUGUUUAAACAGCGUGGCUUUAUAAUGGCACCGUUAUCAUAAUGAACAUACGGAACACACAUCUUGCCGUCUUAGGCUAGGGUUACUAUGGAUGCGAGUUCUGACGAGUACGUCCGAAAUCCUCGUCAGAACAAGGCGUUUACACUGUGCGCGUUUUCUGUUAUUCUGAUAGUCAGUUCGUUUCUGCCGUCCAGCGAAGAUGGACGAAUUUGAUAAAUUUAAUUUUCUUGAAAGUCCAUUAUUUAAAUUAUUAUUGUUACAUGAUGGAAAGACAGAGCAUGUCAACGAGUUAUUUACUAUAUGAGACGACAAAGGAUCGUUCAAAAUGUAGAGUGUUGAGUUCUGUAGCAACUUUCUCCCACUUUUGCCGAGAAAUAUAUCUGUUUUGAUAAUUUUUCUCGUACACGAGACUGAUCAAUUUAUCGUUAACCAUGGUGGAAACCAAAUCACUCGAAAUUCGCAGAUGCAGGUCGUGCGAAAAAAUCAAACUCGUUUGUACGCUCGAGUGGUUCUGACGACGUCGUGCAUGUUCUGACGCGUUCGUCUUUGCCAGUGUAAACACUGUGAUUGGAUACCAGGCGUUUGUUUCUUCUGACGAAUCCGUCAGAACAAAUUUUCUUCAGAAAUCGCAUCCAUAGUAACCCUAGCGUAAGACGGCACGAAGUCGGUGUCAGUCCCCACGCUAGCUCGCGGCUACUGGAUUUCUUAUUGGUUGUUCCGAAAUGACAUUAUGGAAAAUUUAUUUAUUUAGGUGAAUUAUGUAUUUUAUUUUUGAAUAUGUUUUUUAUGAUUACGGUUAAGUAUUUCUAUCCGUGUGUUUAUUUAAUGUAGCCAUUGUAGCGUUACGCUGUAUACGUUUCGUUUGUCAUUUAGUCUGUAUGUCAAUUACCUUAUAAAACUGCUUAACAGCUGCUCGUACGUACUGCUUACAUAAUUAUUAUGUAUAGCUUUCAAGUCUUAUAUGUCAAGCGCUUUGGAGGUCAGUAGAGCAUUGAAUGCAUUGAUUUAAACACAACACAUAACAAAAUUCCUCAACAAACCAUGAUUUUUUGUACCCCUAGGAAUAAAAGUGUACUUAUCACUUUAGUUACUUAUUAACUAUCUGGCAACGCUCCUGGUACUGCAUAUAUAAAAGCGGAUGUAUUUAACUUUUGAUAUUAAUGCGGCGCAACACUAUUUCGGAAGUCCAUCAAAAUAAGAAUAGGUGCGAGCGAGCACGCAGUAUUGGCAAUAUCGCUCAUUCUUUAAACGAAUGCAUGUGUCACGAGCUUUGGAGAUAAUAAUGUUAUGGUGGUGUUUUCUCUAGUCAACUUCUUUAAAAUUAAUAGUAUAACAUUUUAUAUAGUCAAUAGUGAGUAGUGUUUAUAUUUAUAAAUUAAAAUUAAGGAAGUCACGUACAAUAACGCUUACUAACAUUAACGCCCACUUAUAAGAUAAUUAUUUGAAUGAUUUAGAUAAAUUGUGGUGGAUUUG